AUGGGAAGUAAGAAAGAUAAAGAUUUCUACCAUAGCCUUUCAAGAAAAGAGCUUCAAAGUUUAUGUAAGAAAUAUGGUCUACCUGCUAAUAGGUCAAGUUCGGAUAUGGCUAGAUCACUGGCCUCCUAUCUAGAGAACCAGAGAUUGGGUUCAAUGACUAUGAGGGAAAGAUUGUAUGAAAUUCAAGAGGCUGGACUUCCAUUCUCCCUGCAACUCCCUUUCAAGGAUUCUGAUAAAGGCAGUUGUAAUGGAGGAAAUUGUUCUGAAGCUGUUAAAAGUAAUGGAUUGGGUUGUUGUACAGGGGAUAAAUUUUAUCAUAAGGAUGACUAUGGUGGUGAUUCUAUAUUUUUCCAGCAAACACAACAUCCUCAGUUUGUAACUCAGUAUAAUGAUAGUGGUUUUAAGAAUAAAGAGUUCCCAACAAUAUACUUCAACAGAAAUUGUCCGAGUCUUACAAGAGGGGGGAAUAUUAAUGAUGUGCCUCAAAUUGGAAACAAAGAUGUGGAUGUUGGUUCAUGUUCUAAUGAGGCUGACUUUCAUUCCUCCAUAAACACUUCAACUGUUUCUUCCUCUUCUUUUCAGUUUCAUGUAAAAUCAGAAGAGGGCAUUAACCUUUAUGUUGAUUUAAAUUCAAACCCAUCAGAAUGGGUUGAGAAAUUGAAGAGUGAGGUUUCUAUAUGCCAGAACAUGUCCCAUAGCAAGCCUCAGAGUUUCCGUAAUGAGCUUGGGCACUUUGAGGAAAGUAGUAAGCAGUUGAAAAAUUCUUUUCAAUUGAAUGUAGAAGAUGGGAGAAUAGAAGAUGGUCAUAUACACUCUGGAUUACCCCCAAGUUUGAUCAUAAAAGAACAUCAUGCAUUGCUGCUUGAUAAUUCAAAUGGAGAUGAAAGGCCCACAGGCUCCACUGUAAUGACAUGUGCUGAAGCUGUGGAUGUGUCAGAGCACUUAGAAGGACAUCAAGGACUGCCCUCAUUUAAAGCUCUUCCUGAUGUUCAAGAGGAAAUAAUUUCUUCUGGUGCAUCCUCUGCUAAAGAUGGAUGUUUGAUAACUCUUGAUUCAAAUAUUAAUUCUCCCAAGGAGAUGUUAGCCAGUGAUGCUAUGUUAAAUAUAUCAGAUGGUGCACCAAAUCUUCUCAUAGUGAAGCAUAAGAAUUCUACUCUUGAAAAUGAAACAUGUGAUAAUUCUACCGUGCAAAUUGGUUGUAAUCCUGUGAGUUCUGGUGUAAUAGUUCCUGGAUACAUGUCAGAUGGUUCAUUGCAGAUGCCAAUGCCCAAAGACGUGGUUCACCAGAAAAAGGAUUUACAUUCACCUAGUGAAAAUGAUGAAUUUGGGAAUUUGGUUGAUCAAAAGCAUAAUAUUUAUGCGGAACAAGGUGGAGUAGUAGGCUCAACUGGGCUUUGUCAAGAGAUAUUUAGGAAUCAGUUGCCGACAUUAGUUGAAGAACAGGAUAGGAGCAAAGUUAUUAAUUGGGGAGAGAGUUCGGAGUAA